GCUCAAGAAGACAACUUGGAUAACAAACGGAAGAUAAAAAGGAAACAAAAAGAAUGUGGCAUAUAAAGGGUAUAAUACCUGGAGACUCAUAAACAGAAGCAGAAAAAUGAAUGGUGGAAAGGAGUGUGACGGAGGGGACACGGAUGGAGGGCCACCAGCAGUGCAAGUUCCCGUUGGUUGGCAGCGACGGGUGGACCAAAGUGGAGUGCUCUAUAUCAGUCCCAGUGGGUCUUUAUUAUCCUGCUUGGAGCAGGUGAAGACUUACUUGCUGACUGAUGGAACAUGCAAGUGUGGCCUAGAAUGUCCUCUUGUUCUUCCCAAGGUCUUUAAUUUUGAUCCUGGAGCUGCUGUGAAGCAGAGAACUGCUGAAGAUGUUAAAGCGGACGAAGAUGUCACCAAACUAUGCAUCCACAAAAGGAAAAUUAUUGCUGUGGCUACACUUCAUAAAAGCAUGGAAGCACCACAUCCUUCACUAGUCCUAACUAGUCCUGGUGGUGGAACAAGUGCAACUCCAGUUGUUCCUACUAGAGCAGCAACUCCAAGAUCAGUGAGGAAUAAAUCACAUGAAGGAAUUACAAAUUCUGUGAUGCCGGAAUGUAAGACUCCUUUCAAGUUGAUGAUGGGGGCAUCUAAUGCCAUGGGUAGGCUUUAUGUGCAAGAAAUGGCUGGAAGCCAGCAACAAGAACUUCAUUCUGUCUAUCCUAGGCAGAGAUUGGGUAGUAAUGAACUCGGACAGAAGUCUCCGUAUCGUGGCAGUCACGGUGGGAUGCCCAGUCCAGCUUCAUCAGGAUCACAGAUAUACGGAGAUGGCUCAAUCUCUCCCAGGACUGACCCACUUGGAAGCCCUGAUGUUUUCACAAGGAACAAUCCCAAUUUUCAUGGAGCACCCAACUCUAGUCCUAUUCACAUGAACAGGACACCUCUCUCUCCACCAUCAGUAAUGCUACAUGGUUCUCCCAUACAGUCAUCCUGUGCAAUGGCUGGAAGGACUAAUAUACCUCUUUCCCCAACCUUGACCACAAAAAGCCCAGUAAUGAAAAAACCCAUGUGUAAUUUCUCAGCUGGUAUGGAAAUACCACGAGCAAUGUUUCACCAUAAACCGCCCCAGGGCCCACCCCCGCCUCCUCCACCACCUUCUUGUGCUCUUCAGAAAAAGCCAUUAACAUCAGAAAAGGAUCCACUUGGCAUACUUGACCCUAUCCCUAGCAAGCCAGUGAACCAGAACCCAGUUAUCAUUAACCCAACUACUUUCCAUUCAAACGUCCACUCUCAGGUACCUGUGAUGAAUGUAAGCAUGCCUCCUGCUGUCGUCCCUUUGCCAAGUAAUCUUCCUUUGCCAACUGUCAAACCUGGGCACAUGAACCAUGGAAGUCACGUUCAAAGAGUGCAGCACUCUGCUUCAACUUCCCUCUCUCCUUCACCGGUGACAUCCCCGGUUCAUAUGCUGGGAUCCGGGCUUGGAAGGAUCGAGGCUUCUCCCCAAAGAUCACGUUCUUCUUCCACGUCAUCAGAUCAUGGCAAUUUCCUGCUGCCUCCAGUAGGACCACAGUCAUCCUGUAGCGGUAUUAAAGUCCCUCCCAGGUCCCCACGGUCAACAAUAGGGUCACCAAGACCAUCUAUGCCAUCUAGCCCUUCCACCAAGCACGAUGGACUUAAUCAGUACAAGGAGAUCCCUAACCCAUUAAUUGCUGGAAUGAGUAAUGUAUUAAAUCCUCCAAACAAUGCAGUUUUUCCCACUGCAUCGGCUGGAAGCGGUUCCUUGAAGAGUCAGCCUGGUUUGCUGGGAAUGCCUUUAAAUCAGAUCUUGAACCAGCACAACGCGGCCUCUUUUCCAGCAAGCAGUUUACUCUCAGCAGCAGCCAAAGCACAGCUAGCAAAUCAAAAUAAACUUGCUGGUAACAACAAUAACAGCAGUAGCAAUUCUGGACCUGUUGCCAGCAGUGGCAACAACGAAGGACACAGCACUUUAAAUACCAUGUUCCCUCCUGCUGCCAACGUGCUUCUACCAACGACUGAAGGGCAGAGUGGCCGAGCAGCACUCAGAGAUAAGUUGAUGUCUCAGCAGAAAGAUCCUCUGAGGAAAAGGAAGCAGCCCACCACCACAGUGCUGAGUUUGCUGAGACAGUCUCAGAUGGACAGUUCUGGAGUUUCCAAAGCUGGCUCUGAUUUGAUAAGAAAGCAAAGUCAAAGCUCCUUUCCCAUCAGUUCUAUGUCCCAGCUACUUCAGUCCAUGAGUUGUCAAAGCUCUCACAUGAGCAGCAAUAGUACCACCAGUUGUGGGAGCUCCAAUACUGCUUUACCUUGCUCUGGUAACCAGAUGCAUUUCGCAGACACCAGUAUGAACUCUGGCAGCCUCCAGAACUCGCUGGCACAGAGUUUACCCCUGCGAGGGGAAGGUGUGCACUGCCAGAACACAAACACUAACUUUGUCCACGGUACAAGCCCGGGCACCACCAACCACCUUGCAGGGUUAAUCAAUCAGAUGCAGGCCAGCGGCACCUGCGGGAUGCUCGCUCAGUCAGGAAUGGCUUUAGGAAACUCAUUACAUCCGAACCCACCUCAGCCCAGAAUCCAGGCAUCCUCCACUCCAGUGAUACCAAACAGCAUUGUUAGCAGCUGUAAUCAAACAAGUCCUGAAGCAGGGGGUUCAGGACCAUCAUCAUCAAUAGCCAUAGCUGGCACCAGCCAACCUGCCAUCACAAAGACAACAUCUGUGCUUCAGGAUGGUGUAAUCGUCACUACUGCAGCUGGAAACCCACUUCAGAGCCAGCUGCCCAUGGGGAGCGAUUUCCCUUUUGCUGGCCAUGAACACUCGCUUCAUUUCCCGCAGAACAGCUCUUCAAACAACAAUCUUCCACAUUCUUUGAAUCAAAACCUCCUCAAUUCUCUGCCUAUCUCUUUGCCAGUGAAUCAGCAACAUCUCCUAAACCAGAAUCUAUUAAAUAUACUCCAGCCUUCAGCAGGAGAAGGCAAGUCUGAGGUCAACCUCAACCCUUUAGGUUUUCUCAACCCGAAUGUAAAUGCUGCUUUAGCUUUUCUCUCCAGUGACGUGGAUGGGCAGGUAUUGCAGCCUGUUCAUUUUCAGCUUCUAGCAACCCUCCUCCAGAACCAAGCCCAAGCAGCUGCCAUGCUUCCCCUACCAUCUUUCAAUCUGACCAUCUCAGAUUUGUUGCAACAGCAAAAUAACCCUUUACCCUCAGUAACACAGAUGACAGCCCCACCUGACCAUUUGCCAAGCACUCAGUCAGAAAGCAACAGGGUGGAGACCCUUUUAACCAACCCCCUGGGCAACCCCAUUCCAAGCUUUUCAGGCACUGACACUACUUCUAACCCCCUGCUCCUCCCAGCUGUCUCUGGGGCCUCAGCAUUAAUGGCCUUGAAUCCCCAGCUGGUGGGAGGUGUCCUGAACUCCGCAUCGGGCAACACCGCUAAUCAUCCAGAGGUUUCCAUAGCCACCUCCUCCCAAGCAACCACUACCACAACCACUACAUCAUCCGCAGUGGCAGCACUGUCUGUCUCAACCCUGGGUGGUGGGACAGCAGUGGUGUCAAUGGCAGAAACAUUGCUGAACAUAUCUAAUAAUGCUGGGAAUCCAUCUGGUCCAGCUAAACUCAACAAUAACUCUGUGGUGCCACAGCUACUUAACCCUCUACUGGGGACAGGUCUGCUUGGUGACAUGUCAUCUAUAAACACUACUUUGAAUAACCAUCAGCUGAGUCAUCUCCAGUCGCUAUUAAACAACAAUCAGAUGUUUCCUUCAAAUCAGCAGCAGCAACACCUUCUCCAGGGCUAUCAGAACGUGCAGGGCUUUCAAGGCCAGCCCCCAAUUCCUGGCCCAGCUAACAACCCAAACCCCAUGGCGUGUCUGUUCCAAAAUUUCCAGGUGAGGAUGCAGGAAGACGCUGCUGUCCUGAACAAAAGAAUGAUCACUCAGAUGGGAAUGGCACCACUUCCUGAGAGCUCCAGCACUAUGCUUCCUCCUUUCCAAGAAACAUCUUGUGAUCUGCAGCAAAGAACUGAACCAUCUCUUGGACAACAGGCAAAGGAUAACCUCAAUGUCGCUGCUCAGGGUGAUACCUCGGUGGACGCUAUCUACAAAGCAGUUGUAGAUGCUGCAAGCAAAGGAAUGCAAGUAGUAAUCACCACUGCUGUUAGCAGUACAACACAGAUGAGUCCCAUUCCAGCUUUGAGUGCCAUGAGUGCCUUCACAGCCUCAAUUGGUGACCCAUUAAAUCUUUCCAGUGCUGUCAGUGCAGUAAUCCAUGGAAGAAACCUCGCCGUGUCCGAUCAGGAAGGCAGGACAAGGAACAGCAGAGGGACGCGAGUCCUGAAGAAUUCAGAGCACGGGAAGAACGCCAGCGAAGGGGAGGGUUAUGAGUAUUACAAACCAACCAGUUGUAACACACCCAAAAAACAGUGGGAAGGGGAGCAAAGUCCUGUCAGCGAGAUCAACAGGUGGAAAUGUGAGGAGUUUCUAGACCACUCUGCCCAUAUCCAUAGCAGCCCUUGUCACGAGAGGCCCAACAACAUCUCUGCGCUGCCACUCUUACAGGGCGAGCAGCAUCAGCUCCUCUUGUCCCAGCGGAACUGUCAGAGCGAGAAAAUGCUGGAGGAGAAUUUCAGGUAUAACAAUUACAAAAGAACUAUGAUGAGUUUUAAGGAAAGACUGGAGAACACUGUGGAACGAUGUGCACACAUCAACGGCAACAGGCCUCAGCAGAACAGAGGAUUUGGGGAGUUGCUGAACACUUCUAAACAAGACCUGAUUCUGGAAGAGCAAUCCCCCAGCUCCUCAAACAGCUUGGAAAGUUCGUUAGUUAAAGACUAUAUCCAUUACAAUGGAGAUUUUAAUGCCAAAAGCAUUAAUGGGUGUGUGCCUAGCCCUUCAGAUGCUAAAAGCAUCAGUAGUGAAGAUGACCUAAGGAACCCAGAUUCCCCUUCUUCAAACGAGCUGAUACAUUACAGGCCGAGGACGUUUAAUGUUGGCGACUUGGUCUGGGGCCAAAUCAAAGGACUGACUUCAUGGCCUGGGAAACUAGUAAGAGAAGAAGAGGUUCACAAUUCAUGUCAACAAAACGCUGAGGAGGGGAAGGUGGAGCCAGAGAAGUUGAAGACACUAACAGAAGGUCUAGAAGCUUACAACCGAGCCAGGAAAAGGAACAGAAAAAGUGGAAAGCUAAAUAACCAUUUAGAAGCUGCUAUACACGAGGCCAUGAGUGAACUAGACAAAAUGUCUGGGAAUGUCCACCAAAUUCCCCAGGGAGACAGACAAGUGAAGCCUCCAAAACCCAAGAGGAGGAAGAUCUCUAGAUAACAUUGAAUGUCUUUGUUACUGGUCCAGUGCUUAAAAAACUGAACGUGCACAUCAAGUCUAUCUGUAGGUAUUGAUAUAGAUGUGGGUAUAUCAAUAUUUAUGUGAAGACAGCAGGGGUGCUCCGUGGAUUUUUGGUGAUCAAGGAGGGGGUUUUAGUGGUUGCUGGAUAAGCCAAUCAGAAAUCUGGAGAGGUUGCAGUAACAAUU